UUUAUUAUUAUUUUAAUAAUAAUAUUAGUUGUUUUUAAUACUUAUUAAGUCGAGUUUUUGAUGCAUACGAUAAUUUUAACCGAAUCCAUUGUGAUCGAUGUUUUAUAUUAGGUACGUUCGAGAACUUUGAUGAUGCGACGUUUCUCGUUCGCUGUCGUUGUAGCCACAGCGUUAUGGCUACAGCAGACUGUUGAAACCAGCGGUAAGACAUCUGUCGUGCCCUCAUUUUGGUCGAACGUCACCGCCGAAUUUCCAUUUUUAGUGGGGUUGACCACCGGAGAAAAAGACGACGAAACGAACCGGCAGACCCUUAUUUGCUCAGAAACCUUGAUAUCUUCAAUAUUCGUUUUGUCGUCAGCGUAUUGCACGUCGAGUUUGAUGACCACGGUCAAAUCGAAUUUGGACGGCUCUUCAUUAACCGUACGAGCAUAUUGGAAAACACCCAGGAACUCCGUCAAGUACCAUCGGACCAUAGGUGUUUACACCCAUCCGUCAUACAACAACGCUACACGCAUUUACGACUUAUCGCUGGUAAAGCUCAAGAAGCCAUUCAAACAUGUUGAACAUUUCGUCGGGUUAUCGCCAAGAACGUUGAAAAGUGACGUUGAACUGAAUUGCGUAAUUGUAGGGAUAAGUGCGCCCCAUGAACGAGAUUAUAAGGUCCCAGUUCGUGUAAAAUAUGGCCGCACCGCUUGCCGGAUUCCAAAAUCGAAUUUGGACGGCUCUUCAUUAAUCGUACGAGCAUAUUGGAAAACACCCAGGAACUCCGUCAAGUACCACCGGACCAUAGGUGUUUACACCCAUCCGUCAUACAACAACGCCACACGCAUUUCCGACUUAUCGCUGGUAAAGCUCAAGAAGCCAUUCAAACAUGUUGAACAUUUCGUCGGGUUAUCGCCAAGAACGUUGAAAAGUGACGUUGAACUGAAUUGCGUAAUUGUAGGGAUAGGUGCGCCCCAUGAACGAGGUUAUAAGGUCCCAGUUCGUGUAAAAUGUGGCCGCACCGCUUGCCGGAUUCCAAAAUCAAACUCUUGUCUCGAGUUUGUGAUCGGCUCCACUUGGGCGGAUUUCUUGUGUGCAGAGGCGAUAGACCCAGGAGUUACGCGAUUGCCGUGUGACUGGUCUGACCCACUGCUGUGCUCCAGCGGUCGGCAUCAGUAUGGAAUCUUUAGCUAUGGGCACGACGGCACAGAUGCGUCUCUGGCAACAGAGAAAAUGACAGAACUACAACGAGGCAUCGUCACACCACGCAGCCACGAUCGACAACCAACUCGACUCAAGCAUUAG